UUCCUUUUUUCCCUUCCCAAGCACUGAUCGGGACUUGAUGAUUUGGAGGAGAGAUGAAGCAUUACCUCUUUAGUUGGUGCCGGAUGGUUGAUUGGCUUUUAAGACAAGCAAAAUCAUUUACUAGAAGCAAAAAGAAAAAGGAAUAUCAGGCCCACUCUUCCUUCCUCCUAUCCAACUAUAUUUUUUUGGCAACCCCAUUGUCACUCCAUGAGCCAAAAAUGAGAAAGCAGUACAUCUGAUCGACAUACCCAUGCCGAUGCUGCUGCUAGUGGUAGUGAAGAACGAAUGAUCCUAUCUAUGCUUCUUUAUCUUUUUAGAUAAGAAAUCGAGCUCUUAAACAGUUGCAGAAUAUCUUCCUUGAGUUUCCUCGAUUAGCGAAACUCAGAAUUUGGGGCCAUGUCACCUGUGCAAACGCUGCUACUUUUGGCUUUCUUCUGCGCUGGAAUCCACACAACCAGUUCUUUAACUGAUCCCACAGAUCUUGCGGCUCUGGAAGCCCUGAGAAGCGAUUGGGAAAAUACACCGCCAAGCUGGGGAGCAUCAAAUGAUCCGUGUGGAACUCCCUGGGAAGGAGUGAGUUGCACCAAUUCAAGAGUAACUGCACUGAGAUUAUCAACUAUGGGCCUAAAAGGUAAACUUGGUGGUGACAUUGGAAUGCUGACUGGACUAAAAUCAUUGGACCUUUCGUUCAAUGUAAAUCUUACUGGUACAAUCUCUCCAAGAUUAGGGGAUCUGCAGAAUUUGAGUAUCUUGAUCCUGGCUGGGUGUGGGUUCAGUGGCAAUAUUCCUGAAGCACUGGGCAAUCUUUCGGAGCUUUCCUUCUUGGCUUUAAAUUCUAACAAAUUCACUGGUACCAUACCGCCGUCUCUGGGAAAACUCUCCAAACUCUAUUGGCUGGACCUGGCAGAGAAUCAAUUGACAGGUAGCAUCCCAGUCUCGACUUCCACAUCUCCUGGUUUGGACCUCCUUCUGAAUGCUAAACACUUUCAUUUCAACAAAAACCAGUUAUCAGGUUCCAUUUCACCUCAACUUUUUAGCUCUGAAAUGGUAUUAAUACACAUAUUAUUUGAUGGAAAUCAAUUUUCUGGGAGAAUACCACAAACAUUGGGACUUGUUCAGACCCUUGAGGUUCUGCGACUCGAUCGGAAUUCUCUAACAGGACCAGUCCCAUCAAAUCUGAACAACCUAACAAAUAUCAAUGAAUUGAAUUUAGCCGGCAAUAAGUUGACGGGUCCACUGCCAAACCUAACUCAAAUGAGCUCACUAAAUUACGUGGACCUUAGUAACAACUCAUUUGAUUCAUCGCCAGCUCCAGAAUGGUUCUCAAAUCUACAAUUUCUCACCACUCUGAUCGUGGAGUAUGGGUCAAUACGAGGAUCUGUGCCACAAGGAGUGUUUAGUUUACCACAGAUACAACAAAUAAAACUGAAGAACAAUGAAUUCAAUGACACAUUAGAUAUGGGUGACAAAGUGAGCGAACAGUUGCAGCUCGUUGAUUUGCAAAAUAACAAUAUUUCCCAUCUUACCCUCGGUUCAAGAUAUACCAAAACUUUGAUGCUGAUAGGGAAUCCUGUGUGUAGCACUGAUGCUACCCUUCCAAACACGAACUACUGCCAGCUUCAAAACCAACCGGUGACAUCCUAUUCUACCAGCCUUGCCAGCUGUGGAAGUAAGUCAUGUUCUUCUGAUCAGAAGCUAAGCCCUCAGAGUUGUGAAUGUGCCUAUCCAUUUGAAGGGACUUUAUACUUUAGAGCACCCUCGUUCAGGGCAUUGUCCAAUGUGACUUUGUUUCAUUCAUUGGAAAUGAGCCUUUGGAAAAAACUGGACCUUACGCCUGGUUCAGUUUUUAUUCAAAACCCUUUUUUCAAUGUUGACGAUUAUCUUCAGCUGCAGCUUGCACUUUUUCCACCUGAGGAAAAGUAUUUUAGUAGGUCAGAUAUUCAGAGGAUUGGGUUUGACCUGAGUAAUCAAACCUACAAGCCUCCCAAAGAAUUUGGGCCAUUUUAUUUCAUUGCAUCUCCCUACGAUUUUGAAGUCACGGGUAGGGAAACUUCAGUCAGCCCGGGAGUGAUAAUUGGGGUAGCUAUUGGUUGUACCUUUCUCGUUCUAGGUCUGAUUGGGGUUGGAAUAUAUGCAAUUUGGCAAAAGAAACGUGCAGAAAGGGCCAUUGGAUUGAGUCGGCCAUUUGCUUCUUGGGCACCAAGUGGAAACGAUAGUGGAGGUGCACCACAGCUGAAGGGAGCCAGAUGGUUUUCUUAUGAUGAACUUAAAAAAUGCACAAAUAAUUUCUCCAUGAGCAAUGAGAUAGGAUCUGGAGGAUAUGGCAAGGUAUACAGAGGAAUGCUUGUGGAUGGACAAGUAGUUGCGGUCAAAAGAGCUCAGCAAGGGUCAAUGCAAGGUGGCCUUGAGUUCAAGACGGAAAUCGAACUGCUUUCACGAGUUCAUCACAAGAACCUUCUUGGCCUCGUGGGAUUUUGUUUUGAACAAGGAGAACAGAUGCUUGUUUAUGAAUUUAUGCCUAAUGGAACACUGAGAGAUAGCCUAUGUGGAAAAUCUGGCAUCAAUCUUGAUUGGAAGAGAAGACUUCGUAUUGCACUUGGGUCUGCUAGAGGACUGACUUAUUUACAUGAACUUGCUAAUCCUCCCAUAAUCCAUAGAGACAUUAAGUCCACCAAUAUUCUAUUGGAUGAGCAUUUGAAUGCAAAAGUUGCAGAUUUUGGCUUGUCCAAGCUUGUCUCAGACAGUGAAAAGGGACACGUUUCCACUCAAGUUAAAGGAACGUUGGGUUACUUGGAUCCUGAAUAUUACAUGACUCAACAAUUAACUGAGAAAAGUGAUGUAUAUAGCUUUGGAGUGGUUAUGUUGGAAUUGUUAACUGCUAAGCUGCCCAUCGAGAAAGGAAAGUACGUAGUUCGUGAGGUGCGUAUGUUAAUGAAUAAAAAUGAAGAAGAACAUUAUGGUCUGAAGCCGAUAAUGGAUGCAACCAUGAUAAACAGUGCAACCACUAUUAUUGGGCUUGGAAGGUUCUUGGAGUUGGCCAUGCAAUGCGUUGAUGAAUCAGCUACAGAGCGUCCCACAAUGUGCGAAGUGGUGAAGGCAAUUGAAAGUAUUUUGCAGAACGAUGGAAUUAAUACCAACACAACAUCUGCAUCUUCAUCUGCAACCGACUUUGGGGCUUCCAGAACCGCUCCUAGGCAUCCCUACAAUGAUCCUAUACCAAAAAAGGACGCUAAUGACAGCAGUGCUUUUGAUUACAGCGGUGGAUACACUCUUUCUACUAAAGUGGAACCCAAAUAGAAAUGUUUUUCCUUUCCAGGAAUCAUUCUCUGUUCACAAGGACAGGGAGACUGGUAGAAUUGUAACCAUUUUACGCAGUUCAGGAUUCUUAUUGUCGUUUAUGUAUUUCCAGAUAUCGGAUAUGCAUUCCUUCGACAUCAUUCUCAUAUUGACGAUAGUGAACACUUGUACCUAGAUUUUUAUCCCUCAUUACUUGGAUUUUUCUUUUUGUU